GAAAAACAUGUAACGCUGCUCUCUGCAUCCUUUCACCAACAAAAAGAGACCAACUUCCUUCCAUCACAUUGGGACUUAGUGGGGUUGUGGGGAAGGCCUCGUCCCCCACAGGUCCCCUCCCCCCACUCCCUCCGACUAACCAGGAGCCAUGAGUACAGGCAGUUCAGGCAAAGUCAGCGGGCUCAAACCCCCGAGUAAAAUAGUCCGUCCAGCCGGGGCGCCGGCGGUGAGGACGUCUCCAUCCUCUGGUGCUCCAAAGCCAGUUCCUCCAGAGAAGCCCCCCGGCAGCGCGACCUCUCCGACCGCCGACGGAAGCUCGGACUUCCAGACCGGAGAGAGAGUCUGGGUCAACGGCAACAAGCCCGGCUAUGUGCAGUUCAUCGGGGGCACGCAGUUUGCCCCGGGGCAAUGGGCGGGCAUCGUGCUGGACGAGCCGAUCGGGAAGAACGACGGCUCGGUGGCGGGGGUCCGGUACUUCCAGUGUGAGGACGGGAGGGGGAUUUUCACACGGCCGUCGAAGCUGUCAAAGACGCCGCUGCCAGAGAAGGAGGCGAAUGGAGGGCGGGCCAGUCCGGCACAGGUGGCACCGGUAACCCUGGCAACCCCGGCGACUCCGGUAACCACGGCAACCCCGGCACCGAGCGAGCCCACACCUGCUGUCACUACCUCAACAGCUCCGGGCUCGGCCAUAAAGCUGAGUGCAGCGCUCAACCGGAUGUCCAGCGAGUCGGUAUCGAACCUCUCGGACACAGAAUCCAUGAAGAAGAAUAAAAGGGAGCUGAGGCUUGGAGAUCGAGUGCUGGUCGGAGGUUCGAAGGCAGGCGUGGUUCGGUUUCUGGGGGAGACAGAAUUCGCGAAGGGAGACUGGUGCGGAGUGGAGUUAGACGAACCUCUGGGCAAGAAUGACGGCGCAGUCGCAGGAAGCCGAUACUUCCAGUGCAUGCCGAGGUACGGCCUGUUCGCUCCCGUCCACAAGGUGACGCGGAUCGGUUUCCCCUGCACGACACCCUCCAAGGCCAAGGCAGCGCAGAGGAGAUCCCUGCUCAAGAGGAGUCCCAGCGCCUCCUCCAUCAGCUCGCUCAGCUCCGCCACCUCCUCCAUCAGCGGCAAACCCAGCAGAGCAGGACUGCUGACGGAGACGUCCGCUCGGUACGCUCGUAAGAUUUCUGGCACCACGGCGCUGCAGGAAGCUCUGAAGGAGAAGCAGCAGCACAUCGAACAGCUGCUGGUGGAGAGGGACCUGGAGCGAUGCGAGAUCGCCAAGGCAACCAGUCACGCAGGAGAGGUGCAGCAGGAGAUGGCUCUGCUAAGGAAAGGCCGCGAUCAGUAUGCCGUGGAGAUGGAGGGAAAGUUGGAUCAGUUACGUUCGCUGGUGGAAGCAGCAGAUCGAGACAAAGUGGAGCUGCUCAACCAGCUGGAGGAAGAGAAGAGGAAAGUGGAAGAUCUGCAGUUUCGUGUGGAAGAGGCGUGCAUCACCAAAGGAGACCUUGAGGUGGCCACGGUGUCUGAGCGCUCCAGGAUCAUGGAGCUGGAGAGGGAAGUGACGGACCUGCAGCUCAGGCUCCGAGCCUCCCAGCAGAAAGAGGAUGCUGUGUCUCUGUCCCAGCAACAGAUGAGCAACCUCAAGGCUCAGGUUCAGUCUCAGGAGAAAAAGGUCAGCGAGCUGAGCGUCGACCUGGAGAGCAAACAGAAGGAGUUUCAGUCUGUGCAGGAAGAUAAGAGCUGUCUGGAGCAGCAGCUGACCAGCCUGAGACAAAAGCUCGAUGAGGCCGAAGAGGAGAACAGGAAGACGAUGAAGACCAUGCAAGAACUGGAUCAGAACGUGGAGCAGUCGAAGAAAGAGCAUCAAACCCUGAAAGAGGAGAGUCAGAGGAGAGAGACGGAGCUCAACGCAAAGUUAACACAGAAAGCAGAAGAGUCGGAGAGGACGGCGCUGUCACUGGAGCAGCUGACCAAUGAGAAUAAAGCACUGGAGACACAGCUCGAGGCUUUGAAACAACAGAACUCUAAAUACCAGGAGGAGCUCAGCCUGACGAAGGAGCGCAGCAGCUCAGAGAACCAGCGCAUCGGAGUCCUCUGCAAGGAAAUUGAGGAGCUGAAACUGGCCUCCCAGAAGUCUCAGCAUCUCGAGGAGCACCAUGACGACUCGAACAGUCAACAGACGGACAUGAAGACCAGAGAAAUCGUCUCUAAUCAGGAAUCAGACUUCCAGAAAUCCACUGCAGCCUUAAUCUCAGACAAAGAUCGGGAACUGGAGACUCUGAGGAAUGAGAUCGCGGUGCUGCGAGGAGAGAACGCCAUGGCCAAGACGCUGCAGACGGCCGUGGAGACGCUGGAAAGAGACAAAGCUCAGCUGCAGAGUCGAGUUCACAGCCUGGAGCAAAGCCUCAUGGGAACAGAGACGACGGAGGGAGGAGACAGGGAAGCUCCACGCUCAGGCGACGCAGCUCUGGAGCAGCUGAGGGAAGAGAAGGAGUUCGCAGAAGGACAGAUCAACUUCCUGAACAGCGUGAUCGUGGACCUGCAGCGGAAGAACGAGGAGCUGAAGAUCAAACUGAAGAAACUCGCUCUGGCCGAGUUCAACGGCAACGACGGCACAGACGAUUUCAACAAAAGCACCUCGAAGCGGGAAAAGAAGGCGACCCCUCGUCUCUUCUGCGACAUCUGCGACUGCUUCGACCUCCACGACACGGAGGAUUGUCCCACUCAGGCCCAGAGCCCCGACUCCGUACCUCACACCACUUACCACGGUAACCCGGCCGACGAGCGCCCGUACUGCGACAUCUGCGAGGCUUUCGGACACGCCACCGAAUCCUGCAACGACGACCAGACCUUCUAAU